CCACUGUCAGGUCACGGAGGCUGUGAGUUCACUUCCGGGGGAUGUUUACCGCAGAGGGCAGAUCAUCCUGCCGCUAACGAAGCUCCGGCUCCAGACUCCGCAGCAGCUGAUCCCGCAGUGCGUGGCUGUUCUCCGGCUCAUCAGUGACCCAGGAGCCGGUGGAGCCUCCGGUGCUGCGCGGAGAGAAACGUCCCGCCGGUGCUAACGAGCUAACUUCCGCUGAGCUCCGGUGUUCCUACGACGAGGUUAGCCGGCUAGCUUUAGCCUCGCUUCUGGUUCUAGGUGUGAGUACGAGGCGCUGUGCGGACGUGUUUGCAGACUGCAGCGGGUUCAGCCUCAGAGGAGCUGCCGAGCGGAGCUGGCGGCUCUUCAUCCCUUCCUGCCCAACAUCCUGCUCAGGGGCUUCUCACACUCGAUCCUCGUAGCUCUGUCAGUCUGCACGACAUCUGCGUCCAAACGGCCUGAAGCCUUUCACCAGAGGCCGCAAGUAGCCAAAGCCGAUGGUAAGCACAGCAGCGGGAUCUUAGAGCCACGAAUUCUGGAGAGUCGCUGCACGUCCUUCCAGCAUCGAGCCGAUAAGUAUUCUGCAGGAGGUCCUGGACGCGGAGCCUCAAAGCUAGCGAUGCCGGGAUCCACGCCGGCCAGCAGCAAGGCUCGGGUGUACACCGAUGUCAACACACAGAAGAACAGAGAGUACUGGGACUAUGACGCACAUGUGCCAAACUGGAGCAACCAAGACAAUUAUCAGCUGGUUCGUAAACUGGGUCGAGGGAAGUACAGUGAAGUGUUCGAGGCCAUAAAUGUGACCAACAAUGAGAAGGUGGUGGUGAAAAUCCUCAAGCCCGUCAAGAAGAAGAAAAUCAAAAGGGAAAUCAAAAUUCUUGAAAACCUGCGCGGAGGAACCAACAUCAUCCGUCUGGUGGACACAGUCAAAGACCCCGUGUCCAGAACACCAGCGCUUGUCUUUGAGUGCAUCAAUAACACAGAUUUUAAGGAGCUUUACCAGAAGCUGACGGACUAUGACAUCAGAUUCUACAUGUAUGAGCUGCUCAAGGCUCUGGACUACUGUCACAGUAUGGGGAUCAUGCACAGAGACGUGAAGCCUCAUAACGUGAUGAUCGACCACCAGCUGAGAAAGCUCCGUCUCAUAGAUUGGGGUUUGGCAGAAUUUUACCAUCCCGCUCAGGAAUACAAUGUCAGGGUGGCGUCUCGCUAUUUCAAAGGCCCUGAGCUGCUAGUGGACUAUCAGAUGUAUGACUACAGUCUGGACAUGUGGAGUCUAGGCUGCAUGUUGGCCAGCAUGAUCUUCCUGAAGGAGCCAUUUUUUCAUGGCCAGGACAACUACGAUCAGCUGGUCCGCAUCGCUAAGGUUCUCGGCACCGACGAGCUCUUUGGUUACCUGCACAAGUAUCACAUAGAACUGGACACUCGCUUCAAAGACCUGCUGGGACAGUGAGUAUGAG